AUGGCGUGUCAACUACCAGGGAUCCCGACCUUAGAGACCUCGCAUAGACUCCCGACCUCCGAAAAGUCUCAAAGCCUUCCACCUGCCUCUCACCUAAGACGGACGGGAGCACUUAAUGGCUACCAGGUGUUGGGACUCGGCGACGGGUUCUGUUUAACGUCGUCGGCUCAAGCUCACCGCGGCUACAUUCAACGCACGUUCGCGUCGCCUAGGACUUCCUUCCCGGCUUCGUGCAGAGCGUCGUCUCAGAAUAACGCGAACUCCGCGUCGUCACCCGGAGCGCAGCCCGACGAGAUUAAGACCCGGCCGAUCGGCCUCGUACCUUUGUCGAAGCAGCGACAGCGAGUCGCCUCGGCUGCCGUGACGACCCCCGCAGAAGGGGAGCUGGCGGGAAGCUUCGCUCCUGCGUCUCGCGAAACGAGUCGGCAGACGAGCGGCGCGACGACCAUACCAGCAGCUGGAGCGGUGGGCGAGGAGCUGCAAGGGAGGCGGGAAGCGGACGGGGACGAUUCGGAAGCGGCCUUAUCAGCGCUGGGUCGACUGAGAGGAGCGCUUAAAGACAUGCCGGAUCGGUACUGGAUCAUCUUUAGCACAUCGCUGGCGUUCGUUCUCUGCAACAUGGAUAAGGUGAAUCUGAGCAUCGCGAUCAUCCCGAUGGCGCACGACUUCGGGUGGUCCGCGACGACGGUGGGCGUCGUGCAGUCGUCCUUCUACUGGGGCUACGCGCUCUCGCUGCUGCCCGCCGGCUGGCUCUGCCAAAAGUUCACCGGCACGUGCGUAACCCUUUAUUUUGUGUGUAGUCACACGUGCAUGCACCCUCAUGUACUGCCAUCCCCGACGACCUACUUCGAAGCCCACAUCCCCAUCCCCAUGCCUCACCAACCCGUACCAGUCGCAUACUAA